AAUGCGACGCGCUUCAGAAUUAGUGUCGUCCGAGAGUUUCGUUAGUUUAAAACUGUUUUAAAUAGAUAACGUUGAAUAAAAGUGUGAUUAAAGUAGAUAUUGUUACAACAAUAUGGUGGCUGUAUGGGUGUAAGCCAUCGCUUGUGAUCUAAGUUUUAAAAAGUUUAUGUGCAAACUGCAAAAUGUUGGAGUGAACAGGAUUUGUGUUGUUUUACGCAUCCACGUCCAUGGCGGAAGUGACGUCAUCCCGCAGCUCGCCUGCGCCGGAAGCGUGCCCCGAGUGCGAUACGGGGGCGUCAGUUACUUCCGAUUUACAUAAGUAUCAAGUAGCAUGCACGUGCAAGCCAGCCGCGCAGUACGCAUGCGCGGACGACCCCGGGCCCCCGCCGCCCGCGAAAACGGACACGCCCCCCGCGCUCCCGCCGCGCCCGCCAACCAGCGUGUUGGCUACUAACCGGAGACAUAAUGCGCCGGUCGGGUGCACGGACACGCCUUGCCGCCGCAAGAAGUACGCGUGGUGGUGCUGUGGGUGCGGCGCGCUCGCGGCGGCGCUCGGCGGGCUGCUCGCCGCGCAGCACAUACUGCUGCGAGCGUAUACAGCCUCGCCGCACCACUUGGAGACCGUGCCGGCGGCUGUGCCCGCCGCUAUGUUGGUGCUAACAGGGGUCUGCAUCAUGAGUCUGGCUCGCAGAAGAAAUCGGUACAGCUAUAUGGUAAGAAAAAUCAAAGUUGUGGGUGCUUGCUGUCUCGUGUGCGCUCUCACUUGCGUGCUGGUUACCAUAACAACCACUGUGAUACACAUGAACAAGCUCCAAACGCUAAAGUACUGCGAGUACACGCGGCUCACGCGCACCUGCUCGUGCUUCUCUAUAUCGCCCGAAGCGCAGCAGGCGGGGAUCGAUGAUGAUGGGGUCCGUUGCGUGUUCGAGGGGGUCACUGACUGCGCUGUGGUGCACGGCGCCCUCUACUGGUGCUUGCGGGGGGUCUUCGCGCUCUCGGUCACCGCUGUGCUGGUGUGCAUAUUCAGCUGUAUGCUCGCCUAUCAGCUGUUGAGUCACGAACGUAAGAAGAUGUACUGGGAGCAGUUGGAGCUUCGUUGCAGGUCGUUAUAUCGGCCGCCAACUGGACAGCCAGCUGCUACCACUGGAAGACCUGUACAGAAUAACUGUAGUUGCUGCGCUCAGUGUCACACAACUCAGCCGGCCUGGGAUUUCAGUCUGCAGCACAGAUUCUGGGCACCCGGUCGCAUAGGUAACCUAUACUCACCAAACCCUGGAUCUGGGAGGAAAACAUCGCCGUGGAGCUGGUUCCCGUGGCCGAGAGGGAACAGUCAAAAUUCCCGCUGCCGGAUGGAGGGCGUCCCGCAGUCCGGCGACAGCGCGUACGGUUUCUGCGAAACGGAACAAGCUCAGGGGCAACAGUAUCCAAACUUUGAGCAGUUCCGCGGACAGAGCGGGAACUUCCCGCAGGCCUCGGGGAUGCAAGGGUUGCAGGGGCUGGAGGGGUUCGAGGGGUCCAGUUUUGACACGCAGACGGGGGUUUGGGGACCCCCACCGCCGUAUAGCCCGCAAGGCAGGAGCGGGAGUAGGCAUCACCUUCACCAAGACCCGGCCACCACCACGCUGCUUCACCAUCAUCACAUAGACGUUCACAGAAAUCCGAACACACACGAGCACAAUGUCCAAACUCACACAUGCGCAAGAAACUCAUAUUUACACCAGGACAUAGUCAGACUGAAUCCGGAGUUAGUCAGAAUGAAUCCAGAAUUGAUAAGAGUCAAUCCAGAAUUACUACGCGCUAAUCCAGAGCUUUUACAUGCAAAUCCGGAACUGCUACGCACAAAUCCGGAACUGCUACGCACAAAUCCAGAGCUCCUACGCGCCAAUCCAGAGCUGCUACGCGCAAAUCCAGACCUGCUACGUGCAAAUCCGGAACUGCUACGCGCAAAUCCGGAACUGCUACGCGCAAAUCCGGAACUGCUACGCGCAAAUCCAGAACUAUUACACGCAAAUCCGGAACUAUUACGACUGAACCCAGAACUAAUGAGGUUGAACCCAGAAUUCGGGCACAUGAGCCAAGAAAUUCAUUUAUACCCGCAAGAAAUGCAAGAAAUGGGGCAAGAAAGGUUUAGUACUCUACGGGGCCAUUUGGUCCCAUACAGGAACUGUGCCCGCUUGGGGCUGAGUGUUGGGAACCUGCAUCGGGACUGUGGGGAGGAGACUAUGGAGUGCGUGCAUCAGAAGAGCGGGAGUAAAGAUCAAAGCGCAGACUCGUGCAUGAAGCAAGGCAAAGAGAAUUUAGCGUUUCAGAAUGAUAAGCAAUCUCCAAUCAGGUCUUCAAUGCAAGACUGCCACCGCGGAGGGAACCCUAAUACUGAGUCGGAGGUGUAUUUCGCUGAUGUGUCGAGUUGCUGUAAUGCGGACUGCUGCAUGAAUCCAAAUGUAUCAGCAUUAGUAGGUACCAUAGAGAAUCAUCCAGAAUCGACAUCAGAGUCCGAUACAGGCUCGUUCACAUUGACUCGACAACAAAGACCACAACCUCAAGUAGGCUCUAAACGCAGACCCAGACAGGCAGACAAAAAGACGGAUAAAAUGCGACAGGACAUAAACAAUUCCAUACGAUUGACAGAACAACAGAUCGAGCAACUGAACAAUUCGAUGAGAAUGAACGAACGGAAUGAUAGAAUGGAUAGGAUCGAACGUAUUGAUUCUAGGGAUCGCUUGAAUGAUUCUAGAAUCGAUGGGAGAUUGAAUGAUUCUAGGAUUGAUAGAAGCGAUGGGAGGUUGAAUGAUUCUAGAAUCGAUGGAAGAUUGAAUGAUUCAAGGAUUGAUAGAAGCGAUGGGAGAAUGAAUGAUUCUAGAAUCGACAGAAACGAUGGAAGGUUGAAUGAUUCUAGAAUCGACAGAAGCGAUGGACGAUUGAAUGAUUCUAGGAUUGAUAGAAGCGAUGGAAGGUUAAAUGAUUCCAGAAUCGAUAGAAGCGAUGGAAGAUUGAAUGAUUCUAGAUUCGAUCGCAUGAACGAUUGCAGACAUUCUAGGAUCGAUAGAAUAAGUGACAUGCGUGACAUGAACGAUUCGAGAUUGAAUGAUUCUUGCAUAGAUCGAAUGCAAGAAGCUUCCAGAAUGGAGAGAAUAGAGCGCAUAGACUCUAGAGACCGGAUUGGCGAAAUGUUGAACGAGUCGAGAGAAAGAGCCAGAAUGAGUGACAGAGAUAGAAUGAGCGACAGAGAAAGAAUGAGCGACAGAGACAGAAUGAGCGACAGAUUCGAAGAUAGACGAAUGUCAAACCUGAAUUCCAGUCUCAGGAUCGAGGGUAGUCCCAAAAUGCGGCCACACAUAAGCCCUCUGAAAAUGCCCAAAAGAAACAGUCCGAAAAACCCACCUAAAGAUGUAAGACACGAAAAAGAAUUUCUAGCCCCAGUAACAUCGCCUUUAUCUCCAAACACCGACGAGUCAUUAUUGUCUGAUGACGACGCACGCCAAGAAAUAGUGUACUCUAACGACUCGGAGGCUAAAUGCCUAGGACCAGAUUCGCAGUAUGAGCCAGUAAGAGACAAUGUGAAAGAAGAGAUAUUGAAAACGAAUCACCAUCACUGUUACAGUGAUACAAACACAAUGGAUUCCGGGUGGCAGAGCGGGUCUGAGAGACAAGUGACCGAUUAGUGGGUGUAGUACAAAAUGCUGUUUUUUUAAACAUAAGAUAAAUACAAAGGGAAUUUUAUGAUAGGACCGAUAAGAUUGAGGUGAAUCCACUGUUAUCAUUGAAUGAUUUUAAAUCAGUUAGGUUUUAGUUUUAAAAGGAGAAAUCGCACAAAUUAUUAGGUGAUUAACUGUUUUCUUGAUUUUAAAGAAAAAUUGUUUGUAUGUUGCAAAUUUUUGUUCCUUAAUGAAAUGUUUUGAAGAUAUAAGAAAUAGAAGCAUUUCCUGUGCGAAUUAGAUUUGUCUAUGAUCUGUAAUAAGAUAUAAAAAAUUACUAUUAUCUUUAAUGUUUGAAUCAACGACAUGUUUUAUAAAGUUGAAGUUUUCGUUAAUAAUAAAAGUAAGAAAAAUUUAAACAUUUGCAACGUAAUUAAUUAUAGGGACAUAACACUCUGUAUUUUAACAAUCCUCCCUAAAUUUAUAUCGUUUUAAUGACGUUUUGCUUCAAUAUAAUUUGUUUUUGCAAUGCAAAUAAAUUACCAAGGUAUCAUAGAAAUAAUAACAACAGAACAUGUUUUAACGCAUCGAUAAUUAUGCAAAAAAGAGUGGACGGAGUACUAUUUCCAGGAUGGUUGGUUGGUCUUUUUAUAUUAUACGCGAUACAAGGCUAAACAGACGUUGGUGUAAUCAAAAAUGGAAAUACGACAUCAAUCAUUGCUUAUUUUGGUCAAUUUAGCGUUUCAUAUAUAGCAUUACUAGCUGCGCCCCGCGGUUUCACCCGCAUAAGUCCGUAUCCCGUAGGAAUAUCGGGAUAAAAAGUUGCCUUUAUGUUAUUCCAGUUGUCCAGCUGUCUAC